AUGAUCCAAUUCAACGUCGACCUCUCCAAAUUCUCAAAAAAGACCUUUUCUAUUGGCGGGAUCACAGUCUAUGUCUACAACUCCGACGCAAUUGCAGCGUAUGUGAAAGGCCUCGGCCCCAACCCAGAUUUGGACUCAAUUCAGCUCAACUUCUUGUACUUAGUGCAUCAUAGAAGCGGUGACUACACCUACACGGAAGCAACGGGAGUGAAAAUUUUGGAAAACUAUGCCCUGGAGAUUCCUUUGAUCCCUGUAACGUUUGACAUCAGAAACCAUGGAGCAAGAACUGUGGAUAAGUCUAAGAACUCCAGCUGGAAGUCGGGGAACGACACUCAUGCCAUGGAUAUGAUGAGCUGCAUUGAAGGCACCAUCUACGACUUGAAGUUAAUUAUGGAUUACUUGCCUAGCUACUUGAACUUGGAUGCUUUACUUCACGAAUCUUGGAAGGAAAGAGAUUUGAAGUUCAAGUUCUGCAACAUCCUUUCGGGCUAUUCUGUCGGGGCCCACGUUGUGAUCCGUUUCGCCAAUCGGUAUGCCGACCUUGUUUCCAUCAUCAACCCUAAUAUUGGAUGCAGCGACUUAACUUCUUUGCUUGUCAAUAGAUUAAAGGGCACAUCCGAUUACAGCAAAAAGCUUCUUUACUUCAACUAUGAGGAGCUUGGAUUGACUGAAGAACAGAAGCAAAAGUAUCCGGAAUCUCUUCACUUGCAUGUCAGUAGAGAGGAUAUUGAAAUCAUGGAGAGCUUCCCAUUCAGGUCCGUUAAGAUGUUUGCCACAUUCUAUUCCGAUGAUCCGAUUGUACCUUCGAAAAUCUCCACCUUGUGGGCAGACACUUACGCAAACAGUAACGGUUCAACCGAGUUGUACUACGAAGAAGGUGCGAUCCAUGACAUCACGGAAGAAAUGGUACUUCAGUUCGUGAAAUGGCUCUCUAAACAGUUGUCCUAA